AUGACCCGGCCACCACUGACGAAUGAUAAUCUGCUCACCCGUGAAGUGUGGGGUUCGAACCUAGACGAGGAGUUGGCCAUCAUCAGGAACCUGAUUGACGAAUACCCGUACAUCGCGAUGGACACAGAGUUCCCGGGGGUGGUCGCUCGUCCUGUCGGUACGUACAGGUCAGAUUAUCAAUAUCAAACGCUCCGAUGCAAUGUAGACUUGUUGAAGCUUAUCCAACUCGGCAUUACUUUAACGGAUGGGGACGGCAAUUUACCUUUGAUUGCAGGUCAUUACUGUGUGUGGCAGUUUAACUUUCGGGAGUUCGACCUCAAGGAAGAUAUGUACGCGCAAGAUUCGAUAGAGCUCUUAAAGCACUCUGGAAUCGAUUUCGACGCAAAUAGAAAUCGAGGAAUAGAUGUGCAUCGCUUUGGGGAGUUGCUCAUGGUCAGUGGGGUUGUCUUGAAUCAAAAGGUGGUCAAGUGGAUUACAUUUCACAGUGGUUACGAUUUUGGCUAUUUACUCAAGCUGCUGACUUGCACCGCGCUACCACAAAAUGAAGCUGAAUUCUUUGGUAUACUUGGGCUUCACUUUCCCUGUAUCUUCGAUAUGAAAUAUCUCAUGCGGUUCACGGAUAAUCUACAUGGUGGUCUAUCAAAGCUUGCAGAGCAACUUGAUGUCGAACGAAUCGGUCCCCAACAUCAGGCGGGAAGUGACAGCCUGUUAACUGCCUGCACUUUCUUUAAGCUGAGGCAAACACAUUUUGGACAUGAUUGUGUGGAUAAACACGCAGGGGUUUUGUAUGGACUUGGAAGCGAUGCAGAAAGUGAAGCAUGA